AUGGUGUUAACUGUUAUUGACAAUGUUGGAGUAAUGUUUACAUGGUCUGUGCACAUUUCCAAAUAUGACAUGAAUUAUUUGAUUGCCUUGAUUGCUGCUCGGCCCAAGGUCUACCUUGACGAGCUCCAGGAGGAGCUCUAUGCUUCCCGAAAUGCUGAUGUAUCUAUUGCUACAAUAUCGUGGGCCUUGCGUCAUUGGGAAAUGAGCAACAAGCAUGUAGCAAGUGAAGCAUUGGAGAGGAAUGAGCUGUUGCAGGCCAUUUGGCAAGCAGAAUAUGGUGAUAUCCCUGCAGAAUACUGCGUGUGGUUGGACAAAGCGAGUGUCGACGACAAAACAAAUCAGCGCCAAAAUGGUGCUAAACUUGAUAACUAUACCCCUUGUGGCACCAAUGAUUCGGCAUCAUCAACAAAAGGAAUAAUGUCAGGAGAGUAA